CCUUGGGGACGUGGCGCCGCCGCCCGCCCAGGCCUCUUUCCGGCUGGGCUAAAGGCCGCGGGGGGAAGCGCUCCGUACCCAGCGGAACGUUGCCGAGGGAGCCUGCGGGCCGCUCGACCUGCGGCAGACUUAGGAGAUGCCUGAGACAAGGAGACCAAUUUCUCAGGGCAAAAAGAAAAGGAGGUGACAGGCACUGAGACCACUGAAGGGAUCCCAUGGCUAGGAUCAGUUUUUCCUACCUCUGCCCAGCUUCCUGGUACUUCACUGUGCCCACAGUGAGCCCAUUUCCACGUCAGCGGGUGGCAUUCCUAGGACUCUUCUUCAUAUCCUGUCUCCUUUUACUUAUGUUAAUCAUGGACUUUCGGCGUUGGGGUGCUUCAUUACCACGAGAUAGGCAAUAUGAAAGGUAUUUGGCUCGAGUAGGGGAGCUUGAAGCAACGGACACUGAAGACCUGACUCUAAAUUAUGGCCUUGUUGUGGACUGUGGCAGCAGUGGCUCCCGGAUUUUUGUUUAUUUCUGGCCAAGACAUAAUGGCAACCCCCAUGAUUUGCUGGACAUCAAACAGAUGAGAGACCGCAACAGCCAACCAGUCGUUAAAAAAAUCAAGCCAGGAAUCUCUGCAAUGGCAGACACCCCAGAACAUGCCAGUGAUUACCUUCGUCCUCUGCUGAGCUUUGCUGCUGCCCAUGUGCCUGUGAAGAAGCACAAGGAGACACCCCUUUACAUCCUAUGCACAGCAGGCAUGCGGCUUCUCCCUGAAAGAAAGCAGCUGGCCAUCUUGGCUGAUCUAGUGAGAGAUAUACCGCUGGAGUUUGACUUCCUCUUUUCCCAGUCUCAGGCAGAAGUGAUCUCUGGGAAGCAGGAAGGAGUUUAUGCAUGGAUUGGAAUCAACUUUGUUUUGGGAAGAUUCGACCAUGAGGAUGAAUCCGAUGCUGAGGCUCCCCAGGAAUUGGCAGCAGGGCGCAGAAGGACAGUAGGGAUACUGGAUAUGGGAGGAGCCUCUCUUCAAAUUGCUUAUGAAGUUCCUACCUCAACCUCUGUCCUUCCUCCAAAACAGGAAGAAGAAGCAAAGAUCCUGCUGGCUGAAUUCAACCUGGGCUGUGAUGUGCAACAUACUGAACACGUGUAUAGGGUUUAUGUCACGACCUUCCUGGGUUUUGGGGGCAACUUUGCCCGGCAGCGCUAUGAAGACCUUGUGCUGAAUGAAACCCUUACCAAAAAUAGGUUGCUGGGCCAGAAGACUGGUCUGAGUCCAGACAAUCCACUUCUGGAUCCCUGCCUGCCUGUGGGCCUCACAGAUGUGGUGGAGAGGAAUAGCCAGGUGCUGCACAUCCGAGGAAGAGGAGACUGGGCGUCUUGUGGGGCGAUGCUGAGCCCCCUGCUGGCUCGCUCCAACACCAGCCAGGCCUCGCUGAAUGGCAUCUACCAGUCACCAAUUGACUUCAACAACAGCGAGUUCUACGGUUUCUCUGAGUUUUUUUACUGUACAGAGGAUGUGUUACGCAUUGGUGGCCAUUAUCACGGGCCAACGUUUGCCAAGGCUGCCCAGGAUUACUGUGGCAUGGCCUGGUCAGUACUAACUCAGAGAUUCAAGAAUGGCCUCUUUUCAUCACAUGCAGAUGAGCAUCGACUCAAAUAUCAGUGUUUUAAAUCAGCUUGGAUGUACCAGGUUCUUCAUGAAGGAUUCCACUUUCCCUAUGACUACCCGCACCUGCAGACAGCCCAGCUGGUAUAUGACCGAGAGGUUCAGUGGACACUGGGAGCCAUUCUGUAUAAAACACGAUUCUUACCACUCAGGGAUCUGCGGCAAGAAGGUGUUCGGCAGGCCCAUGGUAGCUGGUUCCGCCUCUCCUUUGUCUACAACCACUAUCUCUUCUUCGCCUGUAUCCUGGUGGUGCUGCUGGCCAUCAUCCUGUACCUUCUGCGGCUACGCCGAAUUCACCACCGACAAACUCGAACCUCGGCUCCACUGGACUUGCUGUGGAUUGAGGAGGUGGUGCCCAUGAUUGGGGUACAGGUAGGGCCGUGAGGCCGGACAAGGACUUGGGAAGCUUGAAUACCCCAGAGUUGCUGCCCACUGAGUUCCACCACUUUCUUGUACUGGCCUCAGAUGCUGCUUUGCCUGACCUUGGGAUCUUUGGCCUUGGAAUUUCUACCUUAAUAUCUACUUUAAUUCCUUUUCAAUAUCUAGGUCCUCUUCUCUGAGAGAAGCUGUAAUUUAGUCUGUGAAGAACUAAAUAAUGAGAGUUUGGUGCUAACAAAGAGGACCAACCGUAGUCCAGUUGAAGCAUGCUCCUACCCCUUUAUCCGAAAGGUCUGGUGUGUUCCUGGCAUCUAGAUUUUUCUCCCCUUGCUAAAGCAUGAAGUUUGGCAUUGGGCAAACUGGAAGCCUGGUUAUAACCAAACUGGAGCAUCUGAUAACAAAGCCGAAGACAUUCCAGCAAGUGCAGCAGCCUCUUCUUUCUCUGUAACAGAGAUAUCAUAUAUGUGGACAUCCACACCCUUUAGUAGGGAUCCAAGAUAUUUGCAUUUCAGUGGAACAGAUAUGAACUUCCAGACAAACAAAAUAACAUAGUUUCUUUGCUUACUUGACAAAUAAGUCAUUAUGAGUGUGGUCCAAGAUCCCUGACAUAAUGUUGCUGAUGUUAAUUAAUUAGCAUGUGAUUUUAAAAGGUUAGAAUCCCUUCUAAGUGAAUGGUCAGUCGAAGACUUUGACAGUAUCUUAUGUAAUACCUGGUAUGACCAGGAUAGAAAAUGUUUCUGUGUCUAUGUGCUUCACCAGCUGUUUGGGCAUUAAUUUUUCUUUUUGAGCCUUAAGUGUGUUUGUAGGAUGGAGAAGCUGAUGGGAUUGGAGAUCUGGAUUUGUCUGGUUUUAAGUCACUGUCUCUAGGCCUAUUUUUAUGAACCCCUUUACAGGAAAAUAUAAAAAGAGUUCCUUUAUUUCACUAAGAUCAAUACAUAGUUUAAUGCAUAGUUUGGGAAGGGAUAUAUUUGGGGUGUUUUUAAAGAAGGAAAGAACAGUAUCAGGAGAGUGGGCAAAGGCAAUAAAACCCAGGCUCUUAUUUAUUAAUGUUUUCCCGAGAAAUAGAAAUUUUCUCAAUUUGGCUCUUGGAAUGUCUGAAAAGAAGCAAAUUCUAAGCUUAGGAAUACAUAGGUAAAUCUGUUAAUAAGCCACCUGGCAACUUUCAGAACCUUUGUUAAGAGAUUGCUCAGUCGUAGAGUGCAUUUCCGUUAAUGAGGAGAGAGAAAAGCCCUAUGAUUACAUUUCAUCCACUGCCCUUCAGGAGCUCUGUUCCUCCCCUACAUGUAGCCUUUAACUUGCACCUUCCCCCGUGGGAUCUUCCUCGUGCUUUAUCCUUUCCUACAUGUAGCGUUGAAUGUCCCUCCCAAGAAUAUGCUCCCAGACUUGAAGUAGCUUUGUUUUCCUUUUUGUCACUUUAUUUUUAGGGCUGACUUUAAUGGGGAAAAAAGUAGAAUUAUUAAAACAUAAAUUCCAUAGUGGGAUCAGAAAGGAAUUAAAUGCUUCAUAAAACAGAGAAAAAUCAAGAUCCUCCUAGAAAUGAACAGAUGAAAAUAAGUAUACUCACUCUUAGUUGGUAGGUGAAAAGAUAUGAGUCUUAAAUUGUUUUCAAAUUAGAUAAAAAUGGAUCUAGCAAAGGGUCUUAUAGCUCCCUCUGGAAAUAUUUUUACUUUUCAUUAGGGUUUUAUGUCACAGCAAUUUCCUUUAAUCUUUAAGACUUCUAAAUUGCCUUGGUUUUCUUUGACUUCUUACCUUUGUAUCACUGUGAGUGAACCUUCGUCAUAUGAGUGCUGCUUAUAAAUAAUGUCAGAAUAUGUUUUUUGCUAGCCAGUGCCUCCUCAGGUACUCUUUCUUUUUCCCUCACCUUGGUUUCCAAAUACUAUUUUUGGUUUUCUUGUGAGAUCUGGUCAGUGAUCUGGUCAAAAACUACCUAAUUGGCUAUUAGUGAUCACAUUCUUGUGCUCGAAAUGAAGCUGAGGCAGGGAGGAGGUGGUGAUGAAUCCAGUUUGAAAGCUCUUAUUAAUGAAGUUAUUCUUCUUCCUGGUUAUAAUAAUGAUAGCUGCCAUUUGUUAAGCAUUUACUGUGUACCAUACACUCUUAAGGAUUUUAUGUAUAUUAUUUAAUCAUUAUGACAGCCUUUCAGAUGGAUAUUACUUUUUUGUGUUCUUUUUAUAAUUGAGAAACUCAGGAUAUCCUAUGCUUAUCAUUUUUUCAAUGUAAAUGUAUUUCUUAUUCUUAAUUUAUUUUAAUUAGUUCUUGAGUUUUUGUUUAGUGUAUUAUAUCCUGUUUAUUAUUUUAAUAUUAUAGGAUCUAGGCUUGUCUUUGUUACUGUAUGACUUUUCAGAGUUCCAUGGUAUAAAUCUAAGAAGGACAAAUUUCUAUCAUACUCCUCAGAAAAACUGAGUAUUUGCUGUCGGUAUUGGUUUCUGUGCUUCUUUCAUUGCUCCCAAUUAACAGUUUUAAAUGAAAUCUCAUUAGCUAGAGACAGGAGCCAUUUAUUCUUUGAAGGCCAAUUACUUAUAUUGCUUUCUCAUAAUCGUCUUGCGAAUGGAAUCAAUCUUGUCUUUAACCCUCUUUAAAGAUUUUUUAAGAUUUUUUAAAGAUCUGUGUUUGUAUUUCUGCAUUUUCAGUGGUUUCCCUGUGAAGAUAAUUACGAUUUCAUUUAAAUUCACAUCCCAGCAGUUCCUUUGAAUCUUACCAACCAGUCUUCUUGAUAAUAGCAAAAUGAAUGUGAAUGGUUUUAGUACUUUUAUCAUUAGCGAGACAGGCCACAAAUGUCAAAAUCAGAGUCAGUGGCUGAUAGGAUGUGAUGCUUUAUUAGUCUUACAAUGGCACAACCCAUCACUUUUCUCUGAAUUCUUGUCACUAGGACGUAAUGAAAAUAUGUAUCGUACCCACAUAUAUGGCAUUAUGUUGAUUUAAGUUGCAGUUAACUCUAGGCAAAAUCAUACCAUCUUCAUCUCUGUACAUUAGCUCCUUGGAUUGAUUUUCCUUGGUGUAGGGAAUUUAGUCACUUUCUAACAACCUUGUCUUAAUCUUUCAUGUUACCCAAAGCAUUCUGCCUUCCCUCAGCCUGACAGCUUUUUUUUUUUUAACUUCAAAGGCCUUGGGCAGUGAUUAUUAAAAUGUGGUUGAUUGAGUCUGUCAUGCACUUACUAAGCUAAUCUUUUCAGGUAUUAACAUUUAGUAUCACAUCUAUAUUUGUUGUUGUAUAGUUGACACAAAACAUCGUAUUAGCUUCAGGUGUACAACACAGUGACUUGAUAUUUGUCUACGCUACAAAAUGAUCACCACAAUGAACUAUAAAUCUAUAACUAUAAUGAACAUAAAACUAUAAAUCUAUAGACCAGAUGCUCUGAGGCUAGUUCCAGAGGGACUAAAGGUUCUAGUUUCCCACAUCACCAUAUAAAGUUAACUAACAUUCAACUUGGUGUUAUUGAUUCUAGUCACUAUGCUGAACAUUACAUCCCAUGAUAUGACUUAUUUAUUUUAUGACCCCCUUCUUUGUCUUGCCCACCCUCCCUGCUCCCCCGCUGUGGCAACCACCAGUCUGUUCUCUGCAUCUAUGAGUUUUGUUGUUUCUUCUUUUGUGUUUUAGAUUCUACAUGUAAGUGAAACCAUAUGGUAUUUGUCUUUCUCUGACUUAUUUCACUUAGCCAUAAUACCCACAGGGUCCAUCCAUGUCACAAAUGGCAAGAUUUCAUUCUUUUUUAUGGCUGAGGUAGUAUUCCUUUGUGUGUGUGUGGAGGGGAGUUGUAUACAUCUUCUUUAUCCACUCAUCCAUCAGUGGACACUUUGGUUGUUUCCUUAUCUUGGCUAUUGUGAGUAAUGCUGCAGUGAACAUAUGGGUGCAUAUACCUUUUUGAAUUAGUGCUUUCAUUUUCUUCAGAUAAAUACCUGGAAGUAGACUUGCUGGAUCACAUGGUAGUUCCAUUUUUUGUUUUUUGAGGAACCUUCAUAAUACUGUUUUCCAUUAUGGCUGCACCAGUUUACAUUCCCACCAAUAGUGCACAGUAGUUCCCUUUUCUCUACAUCCUCACCAACACUUGGUAUUUCUUAUCUUUUUGAUAAUCGCCAUCCUGACAGAUGCGAGAUGAUAUAGCUCAUGGUUUUGAGUUGCAUUUCUCUGGUAAUUACUGAUGCUGAGCAUCUUUUCAUGUACCUGUUGGCCAUCUGUAUGUCUUUGGAAAAAUGUGUGUUCAGGUCCUCUGCCCAUUUUUUAAAUCAGAAUGUGUUUUAUUACUGAGUUAUAGUUCUUUUUAUAAUUUGGGUAUUAACCCCUUACCAUAUUUAUGAUUUGCAAGUAUCUUCUCCCAUUCAGUAGGUUGCCUUUUUAUUUUGUUGAUGGUUUCCUUUGCUGUACAGAAGCUUUUUAGUUUGAUAUAGUUUCAUUUGUUUAUUUUGGUUUUUAUUGCCAUUGAUAUUGGAGUCAGAUCUAAGAAAAUAUAGCCAAGAGUGAUGUCAAGAAACUUAUUGCCUAUGUUUUCUUCUAGGAGUUUUAUGGCUUCUGGUCUUAUAUCCAAGUCUUUAAUCCAUUUUGAGUUAAUUUUUGUGUAUGGUGUAAGAUAGUGGUCCAGUUUCAUUCUUUCCCAUAUGGCUCUUCAGUUUUCCCAACACCAUUCAUUGAAGAGACUGUCCUUUCCCCACUGUGUAUUCUUGCCUCCUUUGUUGUAAAUUAAUUGAUCAUAAAUGCAAGGGUUUAUUUCUGGGCUCUUUAUUCUGUUCCAUUGAUCUGUGUGUCUGUUUUUAUGCCAGUACCAUACUGUUUUGAUUACUAUAGCUUUGUAAUAUAGUUUGAAAUCAGGAGCAUGAUACCUUCACAUCCAUAUUUACAUUUUUGAAAUAAAAUAACUUCUACUUCUCACUGGUAUUAUCUAAACAGAUGCUCUCCCCACCCCUAUUCCCAUGCUUUUGUUUUGCUUUUUGUCAGGAGUGAAAGACAGGUGGGUGGUAUGAUUUAAGGGAAAGAACACUGGUGUCAGGAACAGCUGAGUUGGAUUCGUGUCCUGGCUUUAUCAUUGACUAGCUCUGGUAUUCCAGGCAAGUCACUUGCCCUCUCUGGUUCAUUUCUCAUCAUAAAACUAUAAAUCUAUAGACCAGAUGCUCUGAGGCUAGUUCCAAAGGGACUAAAGGACUAACCAUUGGCCUAAGGAACUAAAGGUGAGGGAGAAUGGAGGGAAGUGAUAGAGUUUCAGGAAGUGGAUUUUGGUCUUUGGUUUAAAAGGCCAGGUUGCCUAGGGGAGCCAGGGGUAAUCUCCUACUUUAUCCAUUGUCCCUGACAUUAUGACAUUAAGGUUGAUGGGAAUGGAGUUUCCAACAGCAAUCGUUCUAUGUAAAUUUCAGAAGAUGAGAUUUUUACAGCUGGGAUUUUAGAGGUCUGUCUUCUGUUAACCCCCUUGGGUUUUAUGGAUGAUGAAAUUGAGGCCGAGAGCUGUGGUAAUAUGUGCAAAGUCACAGUGAGUGGCCUCCUGGAUUCAGUUUUCUCUGUUCUCUGUACUACAGAUACAUACCUUUGACAGCUGCAAUGAAAUUCUCAUUGACAGAAUCUUGCUGCAAGAUGUGUAUUUCAACAGAAUCUAUUCUUUAUAAUAGAGCUGACUGCAAGUAACCAUGCCCAAUCUUUAUAACUGCUUCUGAUCUUCAUUUGUGAUCGCUUUGCUCACAUUUAGGAAUAAAAUAUGAAAGAAAUACUUUGUUAGAAAUAGCACCAAGUUGUUACUACAUCAAUUCUACCUGCUAUAUUUGUUUUAAUACUUUUAAACUUUAGAUGUUUCUUUAAACAAUUUGCUUAAUUUUGUACAAUUUUCUUAACCACAGCAUCUAAGCAAUUCAUUUGAUGGUUAUAACUGAAAUUAUUUAAGGUGUAAAUGCCUGUUAGAUCUACCUCAUUCAUGAACUUGGCUGUAAUUCUUGGGCAGUUCUCAGACUCCCUUACAGAAAUAAAAUGCUGUUUCUUUUUGCUGUC